AUGGAUGCUAUCAUAACUAUAGCUGCUAUUGUGGAAGAUGAGAAUGCACGAAAUUCUGUAAAAGAAACAAGACAAAUUGGUGGAGAUACCCUGAUUGAUAUCAGUGCUGGCCACGUUCUUUCUCAACUGUUUGCAGUCCGUCUGUUUUUUAAAGAAAUUAUAAUUAUAGAGUAUAAUGACCAAUGUAUUAACGGAGUGAGAAAGUGGAUGAAUAAAGAUCCCGAUGCCCAUGAUUGGUCUUAUUCUUCAAAAGCUGUGAAGGAGCUAGAAAAUUCAAGUGAAAGCUAUCAGGAUAUAGAAGCUAUGACAAGAAGGAAAAUCAAAUGCAUUGACAAGUGUGAUCUGUCCAAGGAAAACCCUACAUCUCCUGUAGAGCUACCAAAGGCAGACUGUGCCAUUUCUUUUCAGACCCUGGAUGCUGUUAGUAAAGAUCACAACGCGUUCCGCAGAAACCUGAAAAAUUUGUCAUCUCUACUUAAAGCUGGGGGGAACUUAGUACUGCUUGCAGAUAUCGGCUGUUCUUAUUUCACAGAUGGGCAUGAUAAGUACUUUACCUUAAAUUAUGAUGAAGCCUUUUUAAAACAAGCUCUAAAAGAUGAAGGGUUUACCAUUAAAUGUAAUGAAAAGGUAGGAGGUGAGUCUACCAGUGAUCUCUAUGGCCUUAAAAAAAUUAUGUUUGUAGUUGCAGAGAAACAGUGA